AUGGUGCACAUUUUUUGUUGGAGUGGAGGAGGUUUGGCCAUGUUUUAUACCUCAAAUCUGAAUGGUCACACACACUCUUAUGCAUGCACACAGACUCCAAAAACAAACGUACCAACCAAGUUUUAUGUUCCAACCAUGACAGAGAAGACACAGAACCAUACCUGGGGUGUUCCUCCGACAAUAUACCAAGCAAGCUGUUGGUGGGACAAGGUCACACCGAAGUUAAUGGCCGCCGGCGAAGAUCCAACCUACAACAGAGUAGCUUUGCUUUGCUUUGCUUUGCUAGAGUCUUUUAGCUAG